CGUCGAUCAUUAUUGAAACACAGCGAUGCUUGCAUCGGGGCUUUAAAUAUUUUGGGUGGCCGUUUUGUUUUGGGGCCCUGUGUAGUCUACUUGGUUAGAUUGAAGAGGUUUAAGUUGAUUUGUUAGUUCAGCUGCUAUUCAGUAGUGCUAAAUCUAUUCUAGCCUACGUUGUCUAUUGUGGCGAAGUAUUAACACUUGCUAAUGUUUCUGCUUGUCAUAGACUGCAUUAUCGGAAACACUGUAACAGGAACUUGUUUAAAUGUGAACACAUUUUGAUGCUCAGCUUUCACUUCCUUUUACCAAUGACCCGGGAUUUCUUCUAUUCUCAUUCAACUGUUGCUCAGCAGGAUCUUUGUCUCUUUCUGCCCUUUCAGUUGUCAGUCUGGCUAAGCCAUUUCAUUUACCAAACAUGACUUAUUUUGCAAACCAUUCAUAUAAAAAAAGGACUCUACCACCUACACAACUUUUGAGUUGCAGUUUAUAUUUCCUGUCGGUGUCCUAAAGACGUUCGCUGUCUGUGCAUAUAAUUUGCCUAACUGACAAUAAACAGUGCAAUAGUAAAAGACAUUAUUUCAAAAUAGAAAAUAUCAAUAUUUACAAUAAAAUAUGUAAACAAACAGUACUUUAAAACAGGUAUGUUAUUAAAGUGUCAUGUGUGUAUUUAAAGAGAAGAGUUGUGUAACUGUAAGUUGUUGUCCUGGGGACGCAACUGUUAAUCUUCAACACCACUGCUAAUGUCUUUGGUGUAUAAGUUACAGUUCCCAGCACAGGUUUGCUGACAUUGCGUCUUUGGGUCCCUCCAGAUCCAGCUGUCAAUCAAAUACUUAGAGACUUGGAGGAUAAUGUGUUUUUCUUCCUUUAUUUAUACAUUUUUUCUGAAACCAUAUUUGAAAAUCACUUGGUCCUAGUUUUUGACUGCAGCCUUAUAUUUUACGUGUUGAAAUGUGAUGCGUUCGUCUGUCCUCACUGAGUCGACUCGUACGACAUUGAUCUCGUAUAGACGAUAAUGGCUUUCUCUCUCUCUGCAGUUUUAUGGCUACCUCUCUCAGCAACAGAACAUGAUGCAGGACUACGUUCGGACAGGGACUUACCAACGGGCUAUUCUCCAGAACCACACCGACUUCAAGGAUAAGGUGGUGCUGGAUGUUGGCUGUGGCUCGGGGAUCCUCUCUUUCUUUGCAGCCCAAGCUGGGGCCAGGAAGGUCUACGCUGUGGAGGCCAGCACCAUGGCACAGCACGCUGAGGUGCUGGUGAACAGUAACCGUCUGGGUGAUCGCGUGAUCGUCAUCCCGGGGAAGGUGGAGGAGGUGACGCUCCCCGAGCAGGUGGACAUCAUCAUCUCAGAGCCCAUGGGCUACAUGCUGUUCAAUGAGCGCAUGCUGGAGAGCUACCUGCAUGCCAAGAAGUUCCUCAAACCCAAUGGUAAAAUGUUCCCCACCAUCGGUGACGUCCACCUGGCCCCCUUCACAGAUGAGCAACUCUACAUGGAGCAGUUCACCAAGGCCAACUUCUGGUACCAGCCCUCCUUCCAUGGUGUAGACCUCUCUGCCCUGCGGGGAGCAGCAGUGGAUGAGUAUUUCCGCCAGCCUAUUGUGGACACAUUUGAUAUCCGUAUUCUGAUGGCCAAGUCGGUCAAAUACACAGUCAACUUCCUGGAGGCCAAAGAAGAGGAUCUCUACAGGAUAGAGAUUCCUUUUAAGUUCCACAUGAUGCACUCGGGCCUGGUGCACGGCCUGGCUUUCUGGUUUGAUGUGGCGUUUAUGGGAUCAUCGAUGACAGUAUGGCUGUCCACAGCACCUACGGAGCCCCUCACCCACUGGUACCAGGUGCGCUGUCUGCUGCAGUCCCCCCUCUUCACCAAGGCUGGCGACACGCUGUCCGGCACUGCCAUGCUGAUGGCCAACAAGAGACAAAGCUACGACAUCAGUAUUGUUGCCCAGGUGGACCAGACCGGAUCAAAGUCCAGCAACCUCCUGGACUUGAAGAACCCCUUUUUCAGGUACACAGGCACCACCCCCAACCCCCCUCCUGGCUCACACUACACCUCCCCGUCUGAGAACAUGUGGAACACGGGCACGGCCUACAACAUGAAUCAGGGGAUGGCUGUAUCAGGUGAACACACAUAAACACUGGUAGAUGACGGCGAUCCUCCAUGUGUUUAUAAUCCCGGCUUAGGCAGCUGUUCCCUACUGAUUCAAACGGGGCUAAAGCAAGCACCACAGCGAUUGUUAUAUUUAUAGCCGCGGAUACGAGACCCUACUCUGGAGCAGAAAACCAGGCUGUACGAACAUCUAAUGUUAUUGAGAAUCAAAUGUCCGAAGCUCCCGCUGUUGCUCUGACAACAGACAGUCGGAUGUCACGGACUACACACCGCUUCAGACACGCCCUCUUGAGUGUCACCAGCGAGGAUUUGGCAUUUCUGCUUUUUUGCUGUAUUGAAAACGUACUGAACCGUGGCUCCACUGUAUCGUAUUGAACUGAACCGAGAAUUUUGUGAACCAUUACACCCUAGUAUGUAUUUAUAUAUACAGUGGGGCAAAAAAGUAUUUAG